CAAACCACAUUUAUAGCAUAAUACCUUGUAAUUACUAGUUUGUAACCCCCCACUCACACACACACACAUCCGCAUACACAUUCGCAUACAUACACAAAACACACACAUGAUGCAUGGAAGCGUGUAAAGCCUCAGUCUGUGUACAGAAGGAUCCGCAGAGGCAAGUCUUUGGCCCUGUACUACAGUAAAGACUGAUCUAUUUAAGGACUUCAGUGGAUUUGACUAGAAAGCCUUUAUACUGGGACUGAUAACUCGCACAGGAACUGACAGACUUCAAGUUCAUACCAUAAAAAGUAAUUCUGUCCUUUUAAGAGUGUUCUUCGUCGUUAGUGAAUCUUUUGUUAGCCGAGUACAUUUAAAACGAUAUUGGGAUCAAACUUUACCACCUUUUUAUCAGGGAGUCGAAUGGCCUCUGUUGUUACAGUCAAGACAGAGAAGCGUCCUGCCCCUGAUUCUAAGGAUGGAGACACAGUGUCUAAGAAGGCCAGGAAGUUGUUGCCCAGCCUGAAGACCAAGCAUGCCCCUGAGCUGGUGCUGGUGAUCGGCACGGGGGUGAGCUCGGCCGUAGCUCCUCAGGUGCCUGCUUUACGCUCCUGGAAAGGUCUGAUCCAAGCGCUGUUGGAUGCUGCCAAUGACUUUGAUUUGCUUGAGGAGGAAGAGAGCCGCCGCUUCCAGAAAAGUCUGCAGGAAGACAAGAACCUGGUGCACGUCGCUCAUGACCUCAUCCAGAAACUUUCACCGCGGACGGGAAAUGUGCGCUCCACCUUUUUCAAAGACUGCCUCUACGAGGUGUUUGAUGAUCUGGAGUGUAAAAUGGAGAAUGCAGGGAAGCAUCUCCUCCGUUCAGUGCUGCAGUUAAUGGAGAGUGGAGCUCUGGUCCUCACCACCAACUUUGACAACUUGUUAGAGAUCUAUGCCGCACACCAAGGGACCAAGUUGGAGUCUCUGGAUCUCACAGAUGAGAAGAAGGUUCUGGAGUGGGCUCAGGAGAAGAGAAGGCUGAGUGUACUUCAUAUUCACGGUGUUUACACAAACCCCAGCGGUAUUGUACUGCAUCCUGCCGGCUACCAGAAUGUUUUGAGGAACACAGACGUCAUGAGAGAGAUCCAGAAACUCUAUGAAACAAAGUCAUUUGUGUUUCUGGGUUGUGGGAGGACUGUGGACGACACCACCUUCCAGGCGCUGUUUCUCGAGGCGGUCAAACACAAGUCCGAUCUUGAACAUUUCAUGCUGGUGCGUCGAGAGGACGUGGGGGAGUUCAAAAAGCUUCGCGAUAACAUGCUGGACAAGGGCAUUAAGGUCAUCUCAUAUGGCAAUGAAUACUCUGACCUGCCGGAGUACUUUGAGCGGCUGGCCAAUGAGAUUUGCAACCGUGACACGGAUCGGGACAUGGCGACCAAUGGCUGGGGAUCUCCCAUCUCACAGGGUGAAGACAGACAAAAUGGCUUUGCAGCCCAGAAAAACCUCCUGCAAGUGCAUGCUUCUAGAACAAUAGAAACAUAAACCUGAAUGCAGCAAAUGGCCCUCAUGUCUUGUUUUACACUGACUACACCUUUCCACUGUACUACGCCUGACCCCAUGUGCACUGUGGCUUCUACCCGUGAUGAAUUCAUCCGAUGCUUCCUGUUGUAACAAGGUUUUCCUCUCUCCCUGUCCAGACUUCAACUUAUGACACAAGUGGCAGUCUGAGAGCUUUUCAUCAGCUCCACUAUACAGUUCAGUUGCCCCCCUCCGCUCUAGUCUGGUAUGACUACAUCUUCACAUACAACAUUCUCAAUUCUCCUCUUAAACGGAGCACUGUUGCUUACCGUCACAAGGGAAAGGCGUAAAGAAAAACAUCACCAAGAAAACUGUGAACUCUGUCAACUCCAAAACAUGUUUAUGAAAAGUGUGUGAGGGAGCAUGUUGUGGAUUUAUUUUGUAUUUUUUUUUUAAAUGUUGUGGUGUUAAGUGAUGUGUGGACCAAGAAUGAUAUGCAGGACUGGCCUGAUCUUAAAGGAAUAAUUCAACCAAAAAAUACAAAGUCAUCAUUUACUCACCCUCACGCUGUUCCGUACCUGAUGUUUAGCAAAAUGUUGAUGCUGUUCUUCUCCAUACAUUGAAAGCAUAUAGUAAGCACAGGCUGUCAAGCUUUAAAAAGGACAGAAAAUAAUGAUUAAAGUAGUCCAAAUGACUUCUGAAAUCAUACGAUAGCUUUGUGCAAGAAACAGACUGCAGUUUGAAGCGCUUUUCACUGAAAAUCUUCCCCUUCGCCACAGCUCCCAAAUCUCAUUCGUACUUACGCAUAUUUAAACCUGCCAUGUUGUGACUGGUCAUUUGACUUACACAAACCAAUGAUGUUUGACAUGUUGAGAUUUCUUUACGCAUCUGUGGCAGCGGGGGCGUGGUCAAGUGCCCGUCCGGAGAGAGGGAAGCGGUAAGGGCACUUACACCUGAGCUAAAUUAUGUCUAACACCUGUCUCUAAUUCCAGUUAGCACGGGGAGAGCGGAUAAAAGACCCACGCCACCAACACUUGAGAGAGAGAGUCUGGGAGUGAAUUGAUUACUACAGAACCUGUUACACUGGUGUGUCUAAUGCAUCCCGGCAAGGGACUGGAGGAUCUCGGCCAGCUGGGAGGACUCCAUGGGGCGUACUUGGAAAUCCCAGGUUUCGGCACCAGUGUAACUGGUUCUGUAGUUAAGGAGGACACGAAGGCGAGUAGCUCCUCUCAAGGUAAAUAUUUAAUUACAAUUUUACACAGCUUUUAAUUUAUAGCAAUCAAUUCACUCCCAGACUCUCUCUCUCAAGUGUUGGUGGCGUGGGUCUUUUAUCCGCUCUCCCCGGACGUCAUAUUUAAAUAAAUGCAAAUGCAGAUUAUCAGUGAAUAAUGGUCUGUUUUCUGGAGCUCCACAAAAUAAAGAAAUUCAUACGGGUUCGGAACAAAGUAAUUGAGUAAAUUAUGAGCGAAUUUUCAUUUUUGACCCAACUACCCUUUAAACAUGAGGUAUCAAAUGUGGCUUUCCAGUUGCCACGGACAAGAUGGACAAAAAGGAGGGCAGUUUUUGCAGUUGCAGUGUCGUCUCCAGUAAAUGCACCUGUAAUAUAUGAAUGGUCAUUAUCUGUCCUCUAAAAAGGACGAAAUGCAAUAAACAUGCCUUGUCAAGGUGACUGAGAUGUGAAUGAAAAGCAUUGUGAUUUCUCAGGCUGUACUUAAAGCGUCUCGGCUUCCCUAAAUCUACUUGAAAUGGUCACAUGACAAAUGAAAAUGAUGAUAAAAUGCCAUUAUUCCCCUCAAGCUGCCAGUUAAUGAAAGACAUGUAUUUCAAUACAUGUUAUUGCACUUUGAGAGUUAUUUCCCAUUUAUAGGCCUAGGCCAUUUGUGCUAAACAAGAUGUAAACAAUGUUUAUGAACCUUUUGUAUUUUACUACAGUGGUCAUCUUUUAGGUAUUCAUAUGCUGUUUUAAAAUAAAACAUGUGCAAC